AUGAAACUAAGGGAGCCCAUCUAUUUAUUACAUCUAAGUGUAAUAUUGACAUUUCUUGCAGUUCUGCAAUUUCUGAAAAUUACCAAUGCAGAAGCUGCAUCUCUGGCAGAACCUGAUUAUUCCUGGGAAACAUUAUUACCUGCAAGAAUAAGGCAAGUUUUUCUGAUAACAAAACAAUUGACUAGUUUUCACCAAUACGUUCAAAAUGAUAUUUUUCUAAAUGAAGAUGAAACCAUGUAUAUGUUUACUAUGGAAUUAGGUUCAAAUAAGGAUAAAGUCCAACUUCAAUUAGAUACUGGAAGUGGUGAUCUUUUGGUUAUAAAUCAAGGUGCUAUAUGUAGCAAUGAUCAAAAACGAAAUCCAACCGAAGAUUCGUGUCAUAGUUGGGGUGUAUUUAAUCUUGGUUCUUCCAAAACUGUCACGAAUACUAAUUCCAAAAUAACUGCCAGUUUCUUUGAUGGUACUCUGUGUACUGGAGAUUUUAUUAUCGAUGACAUUUAUUUUAAUAGUAAUAUUAAAGUCUCACAAUUCCAGUUUGCAACAGUUACUAAAACUUCAACUAAUAAUGGGAUCUUAGGAAUAGGUCGAGUUGCCCAAGAACUGACACCUCAGAAAUAUGAUAAUCUUCCCGUGGCAAUGAAAAAUUCAGGAUUAAUUAAUAAAAUUGCUUAUUCAUUAUAUUUAGAUAAUUCCACCGGUGGUAGUAUUGUAUUUGGAGGUAUUGACAAGGCAAAAUAUUCCGGAGAAUUAGUUUAUUUACCAUUUGAAUCACAACGAAUAAUUACCGUUAAUCUAUCUUCAAUUGAAUUUGAAAAUGGAAAAUCAUUAACAAUUGACGAUGAAGUCUUGAUUGAUAGUGGAACAACUUAUAUAAACGUUUUGCCAUCUGUUUUCGAUACCAUCGUUGAUAAUUUCAGUUCUGGAGGUACGAGAAAGGGGGAUUUGUAUAUCAUAGAUUGUGAACAACCAAGUGACAAAUUCUUUACCUUUAAAUUCAAAGGAGUGGAAAUAAAAGUUCCAUAUACUGAUUUAGUCAGUGAAGCAAUAGAUCAAGAUACUAGACAAACCGUUGACAAUGUCUGUUUAUUAGCAGUUACGGCGAAUCCAACAAUGACAAUCUUGGGUAUGAAUUUUAUGAGACAUGCAUAUCUUGUGUUUGAUCUUGAAGAUAAUAAGCUUGGUAUUGCUCCUGUUAAAUAUACCAAUCAAGCAUCUAUUAAUGCAUUUUAG